CAAACAUGGUGGCUCCCAUGUGCUAACGUGAGAACCAAACUGGAAACAGAGUCUACACCGGAGCAGCGAGGGAACAGACACUGUACAGCCACCUGGAUCACUUUUACAGGAAAACCUCCGACGAAGUCGAAGAGCAGCGUCCGCCACAGUUACAGUUGUCGCAGGCACUGCCCCUUUAUGCUGGUGAAACCAGCUCGCCUGUUAUCCCUCAUCAUCUCCAGUCACCUGCAUCAUUCUUGCACCUUCUCUGCUAGACAGACACUUCGGUGGAGGCUACGCAGUGCUGCUGCUACUCUCAGCAGGGGGCUGAAAUCUAUGGAGCCCGCAAAAGCCUCCCAUGACUCAGAGGUUCCCACUACCAACCCUCCACCUACGUCUACUGGCUCUUCAGCAGAUGUUGUGAUCUCAGCUCCCACAGACACAGCAUGUGACAAGGAGGAGACGCCUACUGUGGGUCUUUUACCAGGGGAGACGGUGGUCAAGGAGGGCAAGGCGUCCAUCUUGUUUCCCAGCGCAAAUGAAGUGUUUUACAACCCAGUCCAGGAGUUUAACAGAGAUUUGACAUGUGCAGUGAUCACAGAGUUUGCCAGAGAUCUGCUGGCUCAGCGGGGGGUGAAGGUGGUGGUGCCCGGAGAGAAGGAGAGGGUGGUGGUCUCUCUGGCAGAGGAGACGAACGAGGCCGAUGCACAGAUGGAGGAGAAAAACGGAGCAGAGGAGCCAGCUGUGACUGCUACAGUGGGGGAGAAAUGUGAGCUCGGUCUUCGUGUCCUCGAGGGACUGGCGGCGUCGGGUUUGCGCUCGGUGCGUUUUGCUCUGGAGGUCCCGGGCCUGCAGAGCGUCACCGCCAACGACUUCUCCACCAAGGCCGCGGCCCUGAUCGCCAGGAACGCCCAGUACAACGGAGUUGGCCAUCUGCUCCAGGCCAGCUGCAGGGACGCCAGUAUGCUGAUGUAUGAGAUGCGAGGAAAGAAGGAGCGCUAUGACGUCAUUGAUCUGGAUCCCUACGGUAGCCCCGCCUCCUUUCUGGAUGCUGCUGUGCAGGCCGUCAGCGAAGGAGGUCUGUUGUGUAUAACAUGUACAGACAUGGCGGUGAUGGCAGGAAACAGCGGUGAGACCUGCUACAGCAAAUACGGUUCAAUCUCCAUCAAAGCCAAAUACUGUCAUGAGAUGGCUCUUCGUACCAUCCUCCACAGUUUGGACCAGAGGGCCGGGGUGUACCAGCGAUACAUCCAGCCCCUGCUGUCCGUCAGCGUCGACUUUUACAUACGAGUCUUUGUGCGCGUCUUCACGGGACAGGCUACAGUGAAAAACUCAGCCAGUAAACAGGCUCUGGUCUACAACUGUGUCGGAUGUGGCGCUUUCCACUUGCAGAGAAUGGGCAGAAGAACGAGCAACGGAAAACAUAUGAAGUAUUCUGCUGCCACUGGACCCCCUGUUGGACCAGAGUGUGACCACUGUGGACAGAGACAUCAGCUGGGUGGACCUGUCUGGGCGGAGCCAAUCCAUGACUUGGCGUUUGUCCAAAAGGUUUUGUCUGCUGUGUCGGGGAAUCCAUCCCGAUUUGGAACAUCCAAACGCAUCGAGGGCAUGCUCAGCAUGGUGACCGAGGAGUUGGAGGAUGUGCCUCUUUAUUACACUGUGGACAGUCUGAGCAGCACGAUACACUGCAGUACUCCACCCCUGCUCCAGUUAAGGUCUGCGCUUCUUCAUGCUGGCCACAGGGUUUCCCUCUCUCACGCCCGUAAGAACGCAAUCAAGACAGACGCUCCCCCUGCAGCCAUCUGGGACAUCAUGCGAUGCUGGGAGAAGGCUAAUCCUGUGAAGAGGGAGAAGCUGUCUCAGACCAGCCCCGCCUUUAAGAUCCUCUCCACUGAGCCCAGCCAAGAAGCCUGUUUCACUGUGAGGGAGGACGCCAACCCCCAGUCACGCAAACGCCACCUGACCCGGUUCCAGGAGAAUCCUCAGGCCUUCUGGGGACCCAAAGCUCGCGCCAAAGCCAGCGGUGGCAUCACUACCAGCCUGCAGGACAAGAGGAAGAAGUGCCAGAACAAGAGGAAGAACCAGAUCACAGACUCUUCUCAGCUAAAAAACUUCCCCUGCAAGAAGUUCAGACAGGGAACAUGUACAAAUGGAGAAAAAUGCUGCUACUCCCACGACCAGGAGCAGACGAAUCAAGAGAAGAUGGAAUAAUUCUACUGUCUUCUCCUAAUUCAGAUGUUUUUUUGCUUUUUUU